AUGUCUGACGAGGUGGUAUAUGCUGUUUUCGAGCCGUCGGAGGCUAAGCUUCUCACAACGACGCUGCAAACACAGCUCCUUGUGGAAAAUCCAAUUUUGGCUCUGGCCUUGCUGAACAUCUUUCCAUAUUUGCUUCUAAUGGACAACUUGUUGGAGAUUUUCACCUGGACGAACGGCGACCCGUACCAGAACUUUUUGUUUAUCACAGGGUACUCUGUGCUUGUUCUUUAUUGGCACACAUUGAGGUUUGUGGCCCUCCCGUUGUUGAUAGCGGCGCUGUUUCUGAGUAUUGUUUGGAGAACAAGCACCAUCAUGAGAGAUCUGAAGUACGGCGAGAAGCCCACGAUAGACGAGGUGCUACAGACGCUUCACAACAUCACGGUGCGGUUUGACUUGUUUUUUAGACCCGCCCGCCACGUCCGGUUCACACGGAAGAACUAUCUUAAAUUUGUCAUUCUGGCCAUUUUGGUUACUCCAGCCCAUGCUGCCGUGGCAAGAACCUUUUUACUGCCAACAGUGCUUACGUGGCUCAUUGGCGUGUUCUUCUUGACGUACCAUUCGCCUUGGGCAUACACAAUUAGACACCUCUUGUGGAGGUCCCUCUACAUCAGGUUGCUUGCUUACUACAUGACAGGUCUUGACAUCAAGAUCUCUACGGAUGAAGGAAAAGAAAAAGUACACGGUGGCAUUUCACGUGUCCAUUCGCCCAGCGCCACCGACGUUGAAGACGAAGACAGUUCUGCGCCCAUAAUCACAGACAACGACUUCACCAUCGUCAAGAAGGUGAUUGCUUCGCCCAAGCAGCUUCGACAAACCGUGCGUUUUGACAUUCUCGAAAACGAACGCCGCUGGUUCGGCUUUGGCUGGUCCAAGCUCUUGUUGCCUAAUGAAAGAGCCAGUUACUGCUACGAACAGCUGAUGAGGCCUUCACCAGACCCUCAGGACGACGACUUUGAGUUCCCAGUAUGCGAGCACGAUCUUUACAAGUAUACAUGGCAGUGGAUGGAUGAACGUUGGGAGCUAGACCUCGAGUUCAACAAAUCCAGAUACAAGACUGGCUGGGUGUAUUACGACUCCAACUGGGGCAACCCUGGCUACCGCGACCAGUCCUCCAAGUACACGAGGACGAGAAAGUGGACUAGAAGAGCCACCUUGUUGAUAGACAAGCGGGAGACGGACGAUUACUAA